AUGAAUGAGCCACAAGGUGUCAACUUAGAGAGCCUCAAGAAGUAUUACAAGGCAGCUUAUGAUGUUGUGAGGAAAUACAACCCGAAUGCUUAUGUGAUCAUGUCAAAUCCAUUGGAUGCAGAUUCCAAAGUUCUUCUCUCAUUUGUUAGUGGCUUCAACAAAGUAGUCCUUGAUGUGCAUUACUACAAUCUUUAUUCAAACAGAUUCAAUAACAUGAAUGUUCAACAAAAUAUUGACUUCAUAAGAAACGAAAGAGGCUCUGAUCUUAGCGGUGUCUCUUCAACAAACGCUAGGAGAAUGGACUAUCUCAAGAGGAUGAUUGAAAAUGGUUACAUAAAACUUUAG